GUAGUUCCACUCCACAAAAUUGCUGUAAUUCAUGUGCUGCAGAUCCGAAUUGUCUUGGAUGGGCUAUUAAUAAAGAUAAUACACAGUGUUUUCAUUGCAUGGGCGAUGUAGAUACCUUUUGUUCAAGUAACAAAGUUGAUCCAAGACUUGUUGCUGGAGAUGGUGCAGAAGGUGGUUCUAUUCGUUGUAGUGAUGGCA